CUACAGUUGUUACCUUUAAAAAUGGCGGUCAAUAAUCGUCUUUGCAAACGUACAAUACUUUCACAAAUUUCUAAAUGAAUGUGGAGGUUUUAGCUCGUAUUCGACCACCCAUACGGGGAGAGCACUAUUCUCUAAAUCUUUCGGGUACCCGCGUGCAAGCAAGUGAUGGAACUGGUCACAUAUUUGGAUCUGUUUACAAAUCGGAAUCAGUGACCUAUGAUAUUUUCAAAGACUCCUUGCUGCCACUGAUAGAACUCUUCAUCGCUGGUUACAAUGUUUGUUUCUUGGUUUUUGGAGAAUCAGGAUCUGGAAAAUCGUUCUCUCUUGCAGGGGAGAAAAAUUCCAAGGCUGGGUUGAUUCCCCUGAUAAUAAAUUCUGUUUUUACUCGAGUAAAAGGUGAAAGGUCAGCUCGAAGGGAACAAAGAAUACAGAGAAAUGAUCCGAAUGACGGAGUUGUGUUUGUACAGUUUUACGAGGUCUUUAACGAAAAAGUAAGAGAUCUGCUGCUACUACCACAUGAAGACAAGUAUAUUGAUGUUGUGGAAGAUGGACGCAAUGGAGUGCAUGUGCAGAAUGCGACUUACAAGAGGGUUGUUGAUGCAGCAGAGUGUACCAAUGUAUUUCGUCAGGGGUGGUCAAACAGAGCCAUGGGACAAACAGAUUUUGAAACAAGAACCACAGUUUUCUUCUCACUUGACAUGUCAAUGGUUCCAAAAGAUGGUCAGGAUCUGUUUACAUCUCGUUUUCUUGUGGUGAAAUUACCUGGAGCAGAAAAACUAGCUGAAGACCCUACACAGCUGCGCAUGAGGGAAGGUCCUACUUUAAAUAGGUCUCUACUUGCAUUUGGGAAUCUUGUAGCUCAAUUAGCUGCAGCUCCAAAGUCUACAAGAGUCAUCAAUUAUGGAGAGUCUAAAGUGACCAUGUUACUAAAAGAUGCACUUGGUGGAAACUGCAAAACAAAAGCGUUGGUAACACUGCACCCUUCUGAUAGUUCCAGUCUUUCAACUGUACUCAGAACUGCUGGGCAGCUUGCUCAAGUACAAAAUUAUCCUGUUAUCAAUGACUUUAUGGCAAAGGAACUCUUAUGUCAGUAUCGAACCCUAAUUAUGAAACUUCAAGAUGACAUCCAAAUGUCAGGUGGUGGUAGGAGCUUAGGUACAGGAGAAACUCCAGGCAGGGCACAGGAACUGAAAGAUCAAAUGACACAGCUCACACAGGAAAAUUUUAAGUUACAGGAGAAAAAUGAGCAGUUAUACACAAGGCUUGACGAGAUACAGACAAGAUACAGUGAACUGAUGAAUUCAAAGACACAGCUCUCUUCAAAGUUGAUCUCUAGUGAAGAAGAAAAAUUACAGAUUUCUAAGACAUUGGUUGACAUUCAGUUGGAAAAUAAUAGAAUCCAGGAAGAUGCAGAGGCUGUCAAUUUUGACUUCAACAAUAAGGUGCUUGCUCUUGAAAAUAAUGUCAUGGAACUUCAGAUGUUUUUGGAUAAGGCUCAAGCUGACUUGACAGCAAGUAAAGAAGAUCUUGCUGUCAUGGAAACAGAACAUAAAGAGCUGGCAAAUGAGUACAUUGCUUUAAAGACCAGUCAUGUUCAGUUGACUGCAGACUAUCAAAAGGAGGUGGCCAAAAACGAAGAGUUGGGUUUGGAACUUGUGACGCUGCUCAACACAAAGGAAAAACUACAGAGUGAUAAAGAAGCUGUGGAGCUUGAAACAAUGAAGGAGUAUUAUGACCAACUUAGAAGGUUGGCCAGCAAGUUUUCAAGGAGCUCUCUCCGUGAGAAGGAUGAUUUGUCCAAAAGUGUGCUUUCCUUGCAGUCCGAGAAGCUCGAACUUGAAAAACAGUUAUUUCAAAACAGCCAACAACGAGAAGGACGGGUGGAGGUUCUCAGGACUCAGCAUCAAAGAGAACUGGUCAAGUUGGAAGAUAGAAUAUCCAAAUUGACUCAAGAGCUGAAAGACUCCAAGGAAUCUCUUCGGGUGAUUCAGCGGAAAUUAGCCCUUCAGUCUUCUGAAUUGAUCUCUGCCAACGGGGAGAGGCACCGUUUACAAGAAGAAAGUAACAACCUGGACCUGCGCCUUAAAGAGCUCAGCGCGGAAUAUACCAACAGACUCCAGCAGUAUAUUCAUGAUAUUGCGGAGUUCUGUGGAAAGGUUAACGAGAGGCAGAUUUCAGUGGAGUCAUUUCAGGGGUACAUUGAUAUGAUGGUGAGACAAAUCAGAGAAUCACACGAGAAAAAAGAAGAAGCCUUGGAGAGCAGACUGCGAGAAUUGAAAGCUACCAUAAGAGACUUGGUACAAAAGCACGAUAAUCUUUCUUCAGCUUACAGGAUGUUACGGUACGACAUUGAAAGUAAAGAAGCAAAGUCAGUGCCACAGACUAACCAAGCUAGUUUGUACUUGCCUUCAGAGACUGAACUGCAGACUGCCCAGAGUCGUGAAAUUGCGAAACUGACGGCGGAUCUCAAAGAAUUAAAACGAAAUAAUGAUGAACUAAGACAAAAGUUGGCCUCCAACACCUCGCGUUUUACAGCGGAUGACCAGCAACCGGAUCAACUGUUGUUACCAGCAGGUCAGGCAACAGUGGAGAUGGGUUGGGGCUACCUCCGAAAGCAACUCCGCGAAUUCACACUGAAUACCCAGCAAGACCUGGAAAGUGAGCGCGCUUCACUGAUGACACGUUGUAUUAUGGCGGAAGAACAACUUGCGCGCCUUCAGCACUACAUAGAUACAAAUCUUAAAAGAUACCAAGAAGAAAUUGUUCGUUUGCGAACAUUGUUAGGAAAUACUGCUCCCGCUGCGCAUUCAAGACGCUAGAACUGUGUAGUAAUAUACUUCAAAGCCAUAAUCAAAAGGCGGUUGUAAAUAUGUUGGAUGCACUUCGAGUUAUUUGUACUGUGUUAUGGAGCAUUUUUCGACCGAGUGAUCAGGGUUUGUCGUGGGUUUUCUUUCCUACGCUCCAUGGUUGGUUAGGAAAAUCCGCGCCACUCUCUCGACCAAUCAGAUCUAAGAAAAAGUCCAAUCA